GUUAACCCUCACCGAAUAAGUUACGCUAGAUAGCUAGAACAACAAGAGUUGCCAAUUCCAGUGUCAAUGUAAGAUCAAGAUUUCUAACAUAUUCUUUAAUUUUUCCUUAGGUUAACAUUAGUAGUGGGAUUAUUUGUCCACGUCCACCAGAUCGUGUGUAAACAAUAUCCAUUUGAGCUAACGUUAGUUAGCUUUCUUACUAAGUUACUCAUUAAAACGGCUAGCCAAGCUAACUAGCUAUCUGUCAUACCGAGAAACCAUCCAUGUCUGAACCCAAGUCCCUGGGUUCUUACUGUGGCUUUCCAGCACAGAGAAGCUCACAGUGGGGUCCAGAGAUGGUCUUAGUGAAGCUGGAGGACUGUAGUCAAGCACUGGAACUCAAUGUGAUAGUCAAAGAGGAAGAGGAGGGGAGGGAAGUCAAAGAAGAGGUAGAGAUUAAAGAGGAGGAGGAGGCGGAGGAGAUGGCCCUCAAAUUGGAGGAGAUGGCCCUCAAAGAGGAGGAGGCGGCGGAGGAGAUGGGCCUCAAAUUGGAGGAGGAGGCGGAGGAGAUGGCCCUCAAAUUGGAGGAGGAGGCGGAGGAGAUGGCCCUCAAAGAGGAGGAGGCGGCGGAGGAGAUGGGCCUCAAAUUGGAGGAGAUGGCCCUCAAAGAGGAGGAGGCGGCGGAGGAGAUGGGCCUCAAAUUGGAGGAGAUGGCCCUCAAAGAGGAGGAGGCGGCGGAGGAGAUGGGCCUCAAAUUGGAGGAGAUGGCCCUCAAAGAGGAGGAGGCGGCGGAGGAGAUGGGCCUCAAAUUGGAGGAGGAAAUGGAGGAGAUGGCCCUCAAAGAGGAGGAGGCGGCGGAGGAGAUGGGCCUCAAAUUGGAGGAGGAAAUGGAGGAGAUGGCCCUCAAAGAGGAGGAGGCGGCGGAGGAGAUGGGCCUCAAAUUGGAGGAGGAAAUGGAGGAGAUGGCCCUCAAAGAGGAGGAGGCGGCGGAGGAGAUGGGCCUCAAAUUGGAGGAGAUGGCCCUCAAAGAGGAGGAGGCGGCGGAGGAGAUGGGCCUCAAAUUGGAGGAGAUGGCCCUCAAAGAGGAGGAGGCGGCGGAGGAGAUGGGCCUCAAAUUGGAGGAGGAAAUGGAGGAGAUGGCCCUCAAAGAGGAGGAGGCGGCGGAGGAGAUGGGCCUCAAAUUGGAGGAGGAAAUGGAGGAGAUGGCCCUCAAAGAGGAGGAGGCGGCGGAGGAGAUGGGCCUCAAAUUGGAGGAGGAAAUGGAGAAGAUGGCCCUCAAAUUGGAGGAGGCGGAGGAGGAGAUGGCCCUCAAAUUGGAGGAGAUGGCCCUCAAAGAGGAGGAGGCGGCGGAGGAGAUGGGUCUCAAAUUGGAGGAGAUGGCCCUCAAAGAGGAGGAGGCGGCGGAGGAGAUGGGCCUAAAAUUGGAGGAGGAAAUGGAGAAGAUGGCCCUCAUAUUGGAGGAGGCGGCGGAGGAGAUGGGCCUCAAAUUGGAGGAGAUGGCCCUCAAAUUGGAGGAGGAGGCGGAGGAGAUGGCCCUCAAAUUGGAGGAGGAGGUGGAGGAGAUGGCCCUCAAAUUGGAGGAGUGAUACAUUUGUAUCAACAUGCCCACAAGAUCAGACGGAGGAUGUCAAUGGCAAAAAGAGGCUCAGGGAAAUCAAUGAUAACAAAUAAUAUAUUGGAAGUUAUUUUCAUGAAAUAAACAGUGAUGUAUUAGACAUACAGUGAUUUAACCAUUCUGCCAUCACACUGGCCACCAAUGCUCCUUAUAGGACACAUCACUGCACUCUAUACUACUCUGCAAACUGGUCAUCUCUGUAUACCUGUCGCAUGAUGCACUGGUUGAUGCUUCUUUAGAAAACCCUCUUUUGCCUCACUCCUCCUUAUCUGAGAUACCUACUGCAGCCCUCAUCCUCCACAUACAACACCCGUUCUGCUAGUCACAUUCUAUUAAAGGUCCCCAAAGCACACUCCUCUUGUCAGUUCGCUGCAGCUAGCGACUGGAAUGAGCUGCAAAAAAAAACCUCAAACUGGACUGUUUUAUCUCCAUUUCUUCAUUCAAACACUCGGUCAUGGGCACUCUUACUGACAGUUGUGGCUGCUUCGCGUGAUGUGUUGUUGUCUCUACCUUCUUGCCCUUUGUGCUGUUGUCUGUGCCCAAUAAUGUUUGUACCAUGUUUUGUGCUGCUGCCUUGUUGUGUUGCUACCAUGUUGUCAUGUUGUAUUGCUACCAUGCUGUGUUUUCAUGUGUCGCUG